AUGAUUAGCUGGAAUACUACCCCGCUUCCGAACCCUCUAAGGACCGCACAGCUCCAUCCGCCGUAUUAUGGAGUGCCGGCAUUGGAAGCCGUUUCUACGUUCACAACUUCGUCAAACGAAGACGCUCGCGCCGGGCUUCUUUCACGCGCGUCCGAAAACGAGCUGGAGCGCCCGAGUCUCUACGCUCUCCUGAAUGCCGGCGCCCGCAUCAACAGGCUUCCCGCCGAGCUACUGGUCGAGAUCAUGACGCAGGUACAGAACACAGACGUCUAUGAUUGGUAUGACGACUGGUACGACGCUCUGCUCGUCUGCCGACACUGGUUCGUCGUCGGCUCGAUGGCCGGAAGGCUGUGGAAAAGCCUCAAGGUCAAGCACUGUACCAAUCUGCUGCGCACUGGCCUCGCUCGCUCAAGAGAUGCAGAGCUUGAUUUGAAGAUCGUAUGCCACGACCACCAACGGUUCCUCGACACCAUCAGGCUCAUCGCACUCCACAUCCCCCGUCUGGGAAGCCUCUCAAUAUACCACAUGCAGGACAAGAAUGUUCCCGCUUUCGCCAGCUUCAUGGAGAGCGCCAUGCCUGCGCUGCAUCGAGUUCGUGUGGAAGCUUUACCACGUGGCAAUGCUGAGAAGCUUGUUCUCGACUUCCCCCCAGAACGAUUCCCUCGACUGGAGGCCAUUCACAUCCGCCGCAUCCACACGUUCGGCAACCUGGCUGUCGUCUCGCAGCUGCGGUUCAUCAAUAUCACCGCUGGCUUUGGCAGUAAACCGGAUCUCACCGCCGCGACCUUCCUGAAUGCCCUGCGCUGCAUGGAAAACGUUGAAGAACUCAUCUUGACCGACGUGAAGGUGUGCGACCUCGGCAGAUGGGGACCGCCUGCAUGCUGGGACAGGGUCGCAUUGAGCAAACUGCGCAAGCUUGUCGUCCAAAUGGAAGGAUCACUCAUCAAGCAGAUGCUUUUCGUUGUUGUCAUUCCCGCCGACGCCAUCGUCCAUCUCAAGAUCAUUCUCGUGGACGAGGAUCUAGUGGGCACCACGGCGAGCAUUGCAGCGGCCCUCCCUCAGGACAGUCCACGGUGUCUACCCAUCCUCAGCCGCAUUAUCAAAGGACAUAUCGUCAUAUCCACCUCCUAUCACUACGUUUGCGGAUUCAUCGCACCGACGUCGAGCACGCGCGGACUUGGCGAUAUAGCUCUCCAACUCAAACCCUCUCACACAUUCGCCGAAGACGCGACUGCCGGCCCCAACGACCUCGUCGACGUCUUCCGCGGUGCCCCGCUGGAGUCGCUUACUAUCGAGGCUCCCCCUGCGUUGGCCGUGCGGACGGACUGGCGGAACCUGUUCGCGCUCUAUCCGACGCUGCGCCGCCUGAACCUUACUGUGCACGAUGACCAGUGGGGGCCACGAACGCCCGUAGAUGUGAUCCUGUUGGCGCUCGAUCCUGGAGACGGCACACGCUUGGACGCAGGACCUCACGCAGACCUCGUCCUCUGUCCGGAGCUGCGCUGCCUGUGCCUCAACGGGCUGUGGAUGGACUCGCGGGAGAUCGUGCAGAUGGUUGCGACGUGCUUGAGAAACCGCCGGCUGCUGCUGCCGGGGAGGCCAGACGGGCGUGUUCUCGACCAGCUCGUGUUGCGCUUGAAGGAUCGCAUCCCGACGGGCUAUCUCAAGGAGGCGUUCGACAAACAUGUUGCGCCAUUCGUCGGUGUUCUGAAAUACCCCUCGCCUGCUAAUAUUUUAUAG